UUUUCUCAAGAAAAUAUUAAUGGCGGCUUCUUCAGCUUUUGAAUCCUCUUUAAGAAGAGGGAACCCGACAACGGCGGCGUCCUCUAGAAAAACGACACCGUCCAACUCUUCCACAAGAGCUGCGGCAGCUCCCCCUCGGAGAUCCAGAAGCGUUAGUGCCUUCUCAAGAACCUCUAAUUCCGACUUCUCCGGCUUUUCCAUUAAAAGAGACAAUCCUCUCUUUGAUAACAACAACGACGACGACUAUGAAGAAGCUGGGUUCCCGAAUUCCAGCCUUGAAUCAGGCCGAAUCACUUCCAAAACGAUGACCAAAGCAACCGCCGCCGAUGCUUAUAAUAACAAGAGAGGUAGAUCUGUUUCCAGAUUUGGCUCCGAUGGUAAACACGUGUCGGGUUCGGGGAAUAGCCAGGAGUUGUCUCGGAGCUUCUCCGUUGUGGAUACAAGGAGACGUGGUCGCUCCGUCUCCCGCAAUCCUCCGCUUUCAAGAACUCAUUUCGCUACUUCUGAGAGUGAGGUGGAGCAAGAACGUAAUUCCUGGAUGAAGUCCAAGAAUAAAGGAAAUUUAUUUGCUACAUCGGGGAAUGGUCAAAAGGGUAAUUUAGUUAAAAGCAGAUAUAUUUUAACACGGUCAGGCCAGCGGAAGCGUAUAGAUCCUUCGGAUUCACCUACAAGUUUGCCAUAUGAAGGGGAUAAUUUUGUGGGAGAUGAUUCUGCUGCUAGUGACAUAUACAGAACUGUUAAAUCCGAAGUGAGGCCAGCUAUUUCCGACAUCCAAAAUGAGCUUCAGGGUGCUAUUAGGAGGAAUAACACAACUACCAAUGCGGUUGUGUCAGACUUACAACAUGAAUAUGCCACAAAACUCGAGCAGUCCCAAGAACGUGCCAGACAACUGCGUGCUGACCUAGCUGUCGAGGAACACCGGGGCAUGGAGCUUAGUAGAAUCCUUAAGGAAGUGGUUCCAGAUGCCAAGGCUUCUAGCACAAAAAAAUCGCAUCCUGGACGAAAAUCUAGUAUCGAGAGAAGGAAGAUAUCGAAAUGUCUAACUGAUGAUGCCCUCGCCUAUUUCGAUGAGUGUGUCUCACUGUCAACAUUUGACGGCUCCGACUUCUCAUCAGUAGAAGAUCCGCCACUCAAAUGUGCGGGCACCAUCGAUGUUGAUGGAGUAUCGUUGCCACACGUAAACUGUUCGGACAACGAAUGGAAUCGAAAACUCCGUUUUUCCUUUUCUCCCAAACCAGGCCCAAUAUGCGAGAUCCAACAAGACAUUAAGAAGUACGUCAAAGGUUUCGAGAAAGACUUCGGGAAGAUCAACAAUGAUUCGCAGAUUAUACAAAGAAACUGUUAUGAUCCGAACGAAUACAAUUUGCAGCCUUCACAACAAAGCCUGUUGUUUGAUCAUGUGUUCCUCAAAAACAGGUUAGAUUCAGGAAAUUUGCUUCUCUGCAGCGGCGGAUGUUUUUCAGCUUCAUUAUUGCCUUUUGCUUCUUUAAUCUAAAUUUUGUUUUCUUCUAAACAUAAAGAAAUUUAGUAUUAUACCACUAUUUGUUUUCGUAUUUCUCGUGCAUACGGAUUGUUUUGUAUUUACCUUUUACAAAUGGUUAAUGUAU